GCUCCGUCCUUUCUCCUCUCUCGGCACAGCAGCAACGUCAAACUCCUUUGCGUUUGUUUGCUCAUUUCUGCCAACCUCCCGUUCCGCCAUUUCCAAAAUCAGCAGCAACCAUGGCUUCCCGUGGAGUGUCUGUCCUCAAGUUCGUCGGGACUGUUUCCCUGGGUCUUUUGACUGGUCUUUCCUACACAUUGGGGACCGUGUCGGCACCGGCCCUUUUGACAUUAAACUCAUCCGAAAACGCCGCAUCCGCCUUCUACUCCCUUUCGGCCUCGGCCCGCCGCCAGCUUGGCGCCCUGACCGCCGCCUCGGCCGCGACCUUUGCGCUCGCCCUGGUCGCAUCUCCCCGCUACUUCCGCCACCCCUACCUUCUCUACACCUCGGUGCUCGCCGUCCUGUCGGCCGGUGCCGCCUCUGAAAGGUUCAACCCCUACCUGCGCAUAGCCCCGCGUCCCCUGCCGAGGUCGAACGCCGACCAAGCUGCCCGCCGUGAACGCGCCGCCCGCGCUCGCAUGGAGGCCAGCUACGAGGUCCUGAGCACCGACCUCCACAGCGAUGGCACUAGCGGCGACGAGCUUCCCGAGGAGGAACCCGUUAACCUGAACGGCGAGACUGUGCGUGCCGACGUCGAGACCUUCGUCAAGAAGCAGAUGGUGCGUGCCGGUGUCGCCGGUCUGGGGUUCCUCGUCGCCGUCCUGGGCAUCUGGGGCGACGGAGCCGUCCGUCCUCCCGUCUACCGCUACUAAGUUGGCCUGUAUUGGAAACGGCAAAUGUCGAUAUAGAUGUAUUCCCUUCACAAUCUCGACUUAGUUCAGGCCCUGUUCUCCCCUUCUAGGCAUACUCAUUCCCACACAUUACUGGUCGCGUUGGAUCGACGCACGUACGCCGUGUUGAAGUCGACUUUUAUUACAUUAGGAGAGCUGCGAUGGAUUGGAUCUUGAAGGAAACGUUUUUUUGGUCCUCUCGAUUGAUCAGUCCUCCUUCCUGUCCCUGUCCCGACAACCCAAGCACGUCACUCUCUACUGGGUAUCCCGUACGACCUCGUCGAUUUUGCUGGCAACCCUUUUCGCGUUUGCAUCAUUUAGCCCGGAUAUGUUGAUGCGGCCGUUUGUAGGGAGAUAUAUAUGAUGCUUGUCGACCAGAGCGCGACACUGGGCGGGGCUUAGUCGGAAGUAGGAGAAGAGGCCUUUUUCCUCGAGUAUGUGUUGCCAGUUCCCGGGCGUCUGGUUUAAAUAUUUGAGGGGCUUGAUUUUAGCAGAAACCCAGGCAAAGAUUGAAAUGUUUUUACGGCGCUGCAAUAGUUUGCUUACCUUGUAUUCCUCAGUCAGCAGUUUGAAUAGAAGCUCACGGUUACCCUUGAGUCUUUGCCGCA